CGUUAUUAUAACACUUUAUGUUAACUAACGCAAAUAUGUGGGAACAGGAAAUCACGGAACGGUAAAGAUACUAUCGGAGUAGCGUCGAUUAUCAGCACACUGGGUUCCGUGUGUUUUCUCCAUAAACUAGACUGGGAAAGAAUGAAAUGAACCCAGGAGUCAAUUGCUAACAACAAAUGUUAGCAUGCCGAGAAAGAAGUCGCUGGGGUUGGCUGCAAGCUUGAAACUGACAGUGUCUGAGGAGGCAGUGCCACCAUGUAUAUGAGCAGUAACAACACCACGAAGCCCAGCUGCAACAACAACAGCAGCAGCAGCAGCAUCACUGAGCUUUUAAGUGCCCUGUGUGACUGCAGCCUGUCCGGGGUAUCAUGGAAGCGCCGAGCCCUUGGGGGCAUUUCCAGAGAAAGUUUCCAUAAAGCUCUCAAGAAGCGUGCCUACGGUGCCCUGCUGUCUAAGUUAUUUCAAGAUGGCACCAGAGGGUCGGCCUCAGGACUGACUGCUACAUCCAAUACACCACCCAGAAACAGAGUCCUGAUGAUGUGCUUUGACCUGCGGGUGGCAGGAUGCCGAGAAGAAGCAGAGAGGCUGGAGGAGCAGCUUGGGAGACUGCCUGAAGGAGCAGCCUCUGGUCUCAAAGAAGUAGAUGCUGUCCUAGAACUUUUGGUAUUUCUGGCUGGUUCUGCACCUCCACCCUCUACGUCUUUCAGCAGGGACUACAUGAGACAUGAGAGGCUGGUGUUGCGGAGGCCUCGCCCCUGGAGCUACCAGAGCGAGGAACUGCAGAGGCUUGAGGCCAGGGCGUGGGGUCUAGUUUGUGGUGAGGAAUGGGGGACUUUGGAGAGUCUGUGUGGAACUCAGAGGUUGAUGGAUGCUCCACCAGGCACAGGGCUGCUAGCUUUACGGACUAAAUUGGACGUGGAAGAAAGAUUUGAGAAGGAGACCAGGCUGACAUUGUUUGGAGCACUGCAGCACACUCGCACUUCAGACAUGGAUAUAAGACUAGACCUGCCUCCUGUCCCCAGUAACAUUGAUGUUACUGGAUUGGCCAUCAGGGUUCCUCCCUGUUUGGAUCAGUCUGAGGAUGAAGGUUUCCAGUCAGCCUCAAACCUGACCCCAGACUCUCAGUCAGAGCCCAGUCCUGUUCCAGACAUCGAUAUCUGGGAGGCUCUCCGUACAUUUGAGCCUAGAAGAUGCCGCUGCUGGGAAUCUAUUGGCUGCCCACCUGGAAAAAGGGAGUCCUUCUAUCUCACAGAGGGAGGCAGGCAGGCCUUUGACCAGCUGUAUCGGCUGUGGGAGGGGGAGAUGAGGGUGGUGAGCACGAGUACACCAUCUCCUGUCCUCCCGCUGCCUCUGGACUCACAGACACAAUUAGUAUCUGACCUCCUCAAUGUCCUGAUAGGAGUGGCAUCCACCACCUUUCCUCUUAACCAGAGUGUUCAGUUUGGCGUUAGGCCCGGUGUGUGCGUGUCAGGAGCCUCUCCAGAGAGCGUUUCUCGUCUCUUGGGAGAGUUGGCCCAGUACGGCACCUACUACCUGAGGCUUAGCCGCUUUGCUCUGCAGAGUGCCGACAAGAAAGGCCUUGUCUUCCAGGCGUUCACUGGUGGUCUGAGAAAGUAUCUGCAUUACUACAGGGCCUGUGUUCUCAGCACUCCCCCUACUCUCAGUCUGUUGACAAUUGGCUUUCUCUUCCGCAAAGUGGGACGCCAGCUCAGGUACCUGUCAGAGCUGUGCUGUGUAGAUGGGCCUUUGGGUGCAGGCCAAGCCACCUUCCCUGUGGGUGUUAAACUGCUGUCCUACCUGUACAACGAGGCACAGAAUAACUGCAGCAACGAAAAUUAUCCGAUCCUGCUGUCACUGCUAAAGAGCAGCUGUGAACCUUACACACGGUUUGUGUCUGACUGGGUGUACAACGGCGUGUUUCGGGAUGUUUAUGGAGAAUUCAUGAUUCAAGUCAACGAGGAAUACCUCAGCUACAGGGACAAACACUUCUGGGUUCAAGGCUACACUCUGAUCUCAAAGGAUGUGGAGGAUUGUGUGCCGCUGUUCUUGAGACACAUUGCCAAUGAUGUGUACGUCUGUGGAAAGACCAUCAACCUCCUCAAAAUCUGUUGCCCACAGCACUACAUCUGCUGGUCGGAGCUGCCGGUACCUCGCAUUGCUGUCACCUUCUCCCUUCAGGAAGUCGAGGAAAUUGAGAGAGACUGUGCUGUGUAUCGUGGACGAAUGGAGAGGGUCGCUAAGCACAGCGCUGUCAGCAAGGAGGAGAAAGCCCUGCGUACAGAGCAGGCACGGCAGGUGCUGAUCAAUCAGGUCAGAGAGUCGGCAGCCAAAACCCUGGAGAGCAUCCGUGGGCGCCAGGUGUCACUACGUCUGGCUGAGGAGGCCAAGAAAAGGGAGCGUUUUGAGGAACUGAAACAGCACCUGGAACAGGAACAAGAGUGGCGAAGUAUAGCCAAAAAGAAGCAGGAAGAGGAUGAUUUCAGCUUUGCCAGAGAGUUGAGAGACAGAGAAAAGAGACUACAAGCCCUGGAGGAGCAGCUGGAGCAGAGAGCUAGGAAGGAGCUGAUUGCGCGGUACAGCCAUCUGUCAGAGGAAGCCGCUCGCAGGGAGAGACGGGCCAUUUGGAGAGUGCAGCGAAUGAGACUUGACGACGCUCGAGCUCAGUUCUUUAUGCUUGACAGGCAGAAAAUUCAGGCAAUGCUGGAGAAAUCUCCCUCAGGCCCAGAGAGACCUCCCAUGGAAGUAUUGCCACCUGUUCCCUCAGAACAGACUGCGCAAAAACAAACACUGGAAUUUCCCACUCAAGAAGAGCAAUCAGCAGAGACUCAAGAACCCAAAACUGUGUCACCCGAUCGUGAUCCGUCCACACCUGCUGUCAUCUCAGAGGACAUUGACAUCAAUGACUUCCUGCCUAAAUUACCGAAGCCUGACAGUCAGCAAGUGGAUGAAGCUCUAGAGGAGAUUGGCUCUAACCUACCUGAAGCUUGUCCUAAUAAACCACUUGUAGACUAUGACUUUAGUGCCCCCUUUAGUCCGCUAGAGGAUAUCACUGGCCAAGCUUCAGUCCAGUCCAGGCCCCGAUGGGGUCCCGCAGUUCAGUCUGAGCUCAUUCAAAUCCACAUACCAUAUAUGUCUCAAGUUCAGGAUGGUGUCCCCAAAGAACAAACUCUUAAAUCCACCUCUUCUCGAGGUCAGCACACUCCAGAGGAUCCCCAAAAUACACAUGCUCACCAACAACUUUCACAAACUUCAGUCCAGCAAGUAGAUGGAAAUGGCUCAAUGGCAGAUGUCAUUCAAAGGGAAGCUGCAUCAAUAUCAGAAGAAGAUUCAACAACAGUGAUUUUGGAAAGUGAAGCGGAGGCAAAUGAAGAUGAUCAUAAUGCGGUUGAGGGUGUAAAAAAUGUUGUGACUGAUGAGGCAUUUUCUACAACAGCAGAGCAAGUUCAGGUACUGCAGAGACUUCCUGAUGGCAGGAUGAAGGCAAACAGUCAAGACCACAGCUCAGACCCUAAUGAUAAAACUGGGGAAGAGAGUCCUUUUUCCAUUGUAGAUGCAAAGCCACUUUCAGAUACCACCGUCCCUCAGUCUUCAACCAGUAUCCAUGGACAUUCAUCUGAUGCUCACAUAAAAAUUGGACAGCAUGUAUCUGAGGUAACUGUCUCACUUCCCUCCCCAAACAUCCACGGUCACACCUCAGAUGCUCACAUCAAGAUUGGUGAAAAUGUUUCAGAUUUUAUCCCGCAUCUUCCUUCUCCAAAUGUCCACGGCCAUGUCUCCGAUGCCCACAUAAAAAUUGGGGAGCUUGUUUCAGACAUAACUGCACCUCUGCCAUCGCCCAGCGUCCAUGGUCACAGCUCAGAUUCUCAUAUCAAAGUUGGGGAAAAUGUUUCAGACGUUGUUGCCCCACGUCCUGCUCCCAGCAUUCACAGGCACUCCUCUAAUGCCAACAUAAAAGUGGGCGAGUUUGUGUCCAAUGUUUCUGAAACAAGACCUCGUUGGAGUAGGCAUGGCCACGCCUCAGACUGCGUCCUUCAGCCAGGCUGUGUGGUGUCAGGAGUAGAACAACCCUUGUCCCCUUUACCUGGAAGCUCUUAUGGUCACUCAUCCGACUCAACGUUGGGUAUUGGAUGUGUAGUUUCAGGAGAUGAACCCAAGCGCUCACCAUUACCUGGCAGUACCUACGGUCAUUCAUCUGACUCAAAUUUAGGUAUCGGAUGUAUCGUCUCUAAAACUGAACCCCUCCCAUCGCCGCUACCGGGUAGCACCUAUGGUCACUCUUCUGUUUCAACACUGGGAGUUGGGUGUGUGGUGAUGGGAGCGGAGCCACCACCCUCUGCACUGCCAGGAAGCACUUAUGGCCACUCAUCAGACUCUUCUCUUGGAGUUGGAUGUGUGGUGAAAGACAAAGACAGUAGAAAUCAGCAAAAGGCAAAGGAUGAUGACAGCAAAGGUUCGUCAAGCAGCUUCAGUGAGCAGCCGGUUGAGGGGAUGGGGUCCUGGACUUCUGGCCUUGGGUUGUCCCCUGGAGAAAAGUCUGAACAGGAAUACCUCUUGGCUUUGUCUGCCCAGUACCAGGUGGAACAUUACGAGGACUGCUACAGUCUAAUGGCUUCGUCUCCUGAGUGUCAGCUGCUGAAGCAGGUAACUCGGGGGCCCUGGAGUCUUCCCAUGGACCCCACACUCCACAAAGCCACAGAUACCACUGCUGUCCAACUCAGCGAGAUGGUUUCUCUGCCAGUGCUGAUAAAACACUCCGUCACUGCUCCUCUCAUCACACAUGUGUCUUUGGUGAAUAAGGCAGUGGUGGACUACUUCUUCGUGGAGUUGGGUGUGGAAAAACACUUUGAAGCUCUGCGCCAUUUCCUGCUGAUGGAGGAUGGCGAGUUUGCACAGUCUCUCAGUGAUUUGCUCUUUGAAAAGAUGGGUUGUGGCCAGACACCAGGUGAGCUGCUGACCCCCCUGGUCCUGAACUCCAUCCUCAGUAAGGCCCUGCAGUACAGUCUACAGGGGGACAGUGCUUUAGCUGCAAACUUCACCUUCGCCCUGCGCUUCCUCCCCGAGACCUUCCAUCCACACGCCCCAGACUCCCUCAACUGUUUGGAGCUGCGAUACAAGGUGGACUGGCCCUUGAAUAUUAUCAUCACAGACAGCUGCAUGAACAAGUACAAUCGCUUGUUUUCAUUCCUGCUGCAGCUCAAACACAUGGUGUGGAGCCUCCGGGAUGUCUGGUUUCACCUCAAAAGGACAGCAUUGGUAAAAGGUGCAGGCUGCUCGGUGCAGUUCCGUCAGCUGCAGCUGUACAGGCAUGAGAUGCAGCACUUUGUCAAAGUCAUACAGGGUUACAUCGCCAACCAGAUCCUGCAAGUGUCCUGGAGUGAGUUCACAGCCAAGCUGGCCACUGCCAGCGACCUGGAUGCCAUCCACCGCACACAUGCAGACUACCUCAACAGAGCCAUCUUCAGAGGUCUGCUGACAGAUAAAGCAGCUCCAGUCAUGAACAUUAUCCACAGCAUCUUCAGCCUGAUCCUCAAGUUUCGGGCCCAGCUGAUUGCACAACCGUGGGACAACCAGCAGGGGGAGGCAGUGCACCCCAGUUUUAUUGCCAUGCAGCAGUCCUACAACACCUUCAAGUAUUAUUCUCACUUCCUUUUCAAAGUGGUGACUAAGCUGGUGAACAGAGGCUAUCAGCCUCAUCUGGAGGAUUUUCUGCUCCGAAUUAACUUCAAUAACUACUACAAAGACUCCUGAACUGGUCGCCUCUUUCACAUGUACACGAGCCAGGUAUCCCCAUGCAUUGUUUACAGUGAGUUUAUUGAAUCACUUCUCCCCUUCAUAGUGUUCAAAAUACCUUCAAAGCCCACUUGUGCUGUAUUUUAGGACAAAGAUGUGAGUUUAAAAAGCUUUAGCUACAUAAAUUUGCAUUUCAUUUAUUAAAACUAUCACUUUGUAUGCUGCAGGUGUGUUUGUUGAAGUUUGUAAUUCAUCUCAUGAUCAGGUGUGUGUUCAGCUGUGUACAUUUUAUGGUAAUAUAAAUUAAACAUAAUUUUCAUGUAAAUAUAUAUUUUUUAUUUAAUAAUAAAAACUCUUUUCUGAUUAUUUUA